AUGGUGGAUGCAUCACAGAUAUUGGUCAGUUGGUGUCUGCAUAAUGCUAGGCUAAGUGGAAAAAUAGUUAUCAUGGCAUGGGAAGCAGACGGGCAACUGAAUAAAUGUUCUGUUUCGAUUGUUGGGUUUGAGGAGGAAGUUCUGAGGUAUCCGAUGGCGUCUCGGAGCGGAUCAAAUUGGUGGAGUCUGAGGUUGCUUGGAAUGGUUUACCUUGUUUUAGCUUUAGUAUUUGUUUCAGCACAAGAAAUUUUGGAGCAGCAACCUUCAAGUCAGACUCUUGGGGAAGAGGUUGAAUCUAAUGACUUAAUCCGAGCGUCCAAUUUUCUUUCGCAUCCUGAUGGAGUGGUUUAUAAGCAUGUCUGGCCUGAAAUGAGGUUUGGCUGGAAAAUUGCUGUUGGAACGAUAAUUGGAUUCCUGGGGGCAGCAUUUGGGAGUGUAGGAGGUGUUGGUGGGGGUGGCUUUUUUGUUCCAAUGCUCACCUUGAUUAUUGGCUUUGAUCAGAAAUCAUCAACAGCAAUAUCAAAAUGUAUGAUCACAAGUGGAGCAGCUGCAACUGUCUUCUACAAUUUAAGGCUCAGGCAUCCGACACUCGAGUUGCCCCUCAUUGACUAUGAUCUUGCACUUCUGUUCCAACCAAUGUUGGUGCUGGGGAUCAGUAUAGGAGUUUCUUUGAAUGUUGUUCUUCCUGAAUGGAUGAUCACAAUCUUACUCAUUAUUGUUCUCUUAGGCACAUCAACUAAGUCGUUCUUCAGAGGCAUUGAGACGUGGAAGAAAGAAACCAUCACGAAAAAGAAUUUGCUGGAUGCUUCCAAAAGUUUGCAAUCAAAAGAUGCUGGCAGUGAAGACAUAACUAUCCCGGGAGGGGUUUCUAUUCUUCGCAAUGUUCGCUGGAGGCAACUUGGGGUCAUAGUUAUUGUCUGGAUCAUAAUACUUGCAUUGCAGAUUGCUAAGAAUUACGCGACGAAAUGUUCAGUGGUAUAUUGGAUAUUAAAUCUCUUACAGAUUCCGGUGACCGUGGGGAUAACUUCAUAUGAGGCAGUUAAGCUAUACAAGGGGAGCAUAAUAAUUGAAUCCAAGGGAGAAGGUGGUGCAAACUGGAGAGUGCACAAGCUUGUUUCUUAUUGCGUCCUUGGCAUAGUAGCUGGAAUACUUGGUGGGUUGCUUGGUCUUGGUGGAGGGUUUAUUAUGGGCCCAGUCUUUUUGGAGAUGGGAAUUCCUCCUCAGGUUUCAAGUGCCACAGCCACAUUUAUCAUGACAUUCUCUUCAUCCAUGUCUGUGGUAGAAUACUACCUCCUAAAACGGUUUCCAAUUCCAUAUGCUCUCUACUUCGCUGCUGUUGCUACCGUUUCCGCGAUCAUGGGGCAAUAUUUAGUAGGAAAGGUGAUCAAAGCAUUAGGAAGAGCAUCCUUGAUCAUCUUCAUUCUGGCUUUCACAAUAUUUGUGAGUGCAUUGACAUUAGGUGGGGUUGGCAUAGCAAACAUGGUGAAAAAGAUUGAGCACAAGGAAAACCUGGGGUUUGAGAAAAUGUGCACUCAGAAAUCCUAA